CCUUUUCGUCCACUUUCUCUGAUGUCAUCGAACUGCACCCUGAAUGACUUCACAUCCGCGUACAGCUUCCGGCAUACCCAUGUGUUUACCCAAAAAUAUGGACAUUAUUGUAACGUAUAACGUGUAACAUUGUAAACUCAGUAAUUGUUUACUUUCUAUUCAAAGUAUGGGGAAGCUGAAUGUGGUGGUGUUGAGAUAUCUGUCCCGGGAUGACUUCCGGGUCCUUACGGCGGUUGAGAUGGGAAUGAAGAACCAUGAGAUUGUUCCUGUGAGCCUCCUCUCUUCGAUUGCCAGCCUCAAACAUGGCGGCUGCAACAAGAUCCUUCGAGAGCUCGUCAAACAUAAACUUGUGGCCUACGAACGCACCAAGACUGUGCAGGGCUACAGGUUGAUUUAUGGAGGAUAUGACUACCUAGCCUUGAAGACCUUGUCCUCCAGAGAUGUGAUCACUUCAAUCGGAAAUCAGAUCGGAGUAGGGAAAGAAUCAGAUAUUUAUAUUGUGGCGAGUCCAGAUGGGGAACAGUAUGCCCUGAAGCUUCACAGAUUGGGUCGUACCUGCUUCAAGAACCUAAAGAAUAAGAGAGAUUACCACAAGCACAGGAAGAACAUGUCUUGGCUCUAUCUCUCUCGCCUCUCUGCCAUGAAAGAGUUUGCCUAUAUGAAGGCACUUUACGACAGAGGCUUCCCUGUGCCAAAGCCUGUGGACUAUAACAGACAUGCAGUAGUGAUGGAGCUCAUCAAUGGAUAUCCACUGUGUCAGGUGCACGAACUGCAAGAUGCGGCGGCCUUGUACAGCGAGUUCAUGGAGCUCAUCAUCAAACUGGCCAAUCACGGCCUGAUUCAUGGAGAUUUUAAUGAGUUCAAUCUGAUGCUCGAUGACCAGGACCACAUUACUAUGAUUGACUUCCCUCAGAUGGUGUCCACCUCUCACGCUAAUGCUGAAUGGUAUUUUGACCGUGAUGUGAAAUGCAUAAGAGACUUCUUUGCCAAACGAUAUCAUUACGAGAGCGAGCUCUUCCCAACCUUCAAAGAUAUCAGACGCUCAUGUUCUCUGGAUGUUGAGGUCUCAGCAAGUGGCUUCACCAAAGAUCUGGAAGAAGAUGCUGCAUUUCUACAACCGACUGGACCUGAGGGAGAGAAUGAUGAUGAGGAGGAUAGCAACGAAGAGGAGACCUUUGAAGAAGUAGAACAAAAAGAACAGAGUGUGGAUGUAACAGAAUACAAUAAUGCAGUGCUGGAACUUGAAGGCUUGAAAGUUAGCAAUACAAAAACUGACAUACAGGAGGAGGAAGAGGAAGAGAGUGAAACAGCAGAAAAAGAGGUUGAAAACAGUAAAGACAAUGAGGACAUGGCUGUUGAAGUGAGAACCAAUGACAAGACUGUGAAUGAUUUGGGGGAAGAUAACUUUCCAGAACUAUCUGAACUUUCUUCAUCCAACAAGGAGUUCAAACCUUUCAGAGACUCGGACAGCCUUCUACACAUGGCCGAGCACAGGAGGAGGAGGACAGACAGUGAGGCUACAAUGGGCAGCACAGGCAGCUGCUCCUCCAUCCCACCAGAGGUUGUUCGUCAGAAGGUGCGGAGGCAGCUCACCAAACAACAGAAGUCGGCACUGAGAAGACGUCUGCAGAAGGGAGAGGCCAACUUGGUGACGCAGUCCAGGAGAGAGAAUGAAAACAACAUCAAGUCUAGCCUAGAGACCGCCAGCUUUUGGGGGUGAUUCGGUCAACUGGUACUCUGCCGUCGUCCGGAUCCGGAAAGUAUUCAGAAUGCUUCACUUUUUCCAUAUUUUGUUAUGUUACAGCCUUAUUCCAAAAUGAAAUACAUUCAUUUUGUCCUCAGAAUUUUACAGACAAUACCCCACAAUGACAGUUUAAAAGUUGUUGGGUUUUUUUUCAAAUUUAUUAAAUGUAUUAAAAAAAAAAAAAUCACAUGUAGAUAAGUAUUCACUGCAUUUGUGCAAUACUUCGUUGAUGCACCUUUGACAGCAAUUCCAGCCUCAAGACUUUUUGAAUACGAUGUCACAUGCUCGGCACAGAUAUCUUUGGGCAGUUUCGCCCUUUCGUCUUUGCAGCACCAAGCUCCAUCAGAUUGAAUGUGAAGAGCUGGUGUUUAUCCAGGAUGUCUCUGUACAUUGCAGUGUUCAGACUUGAGGCUGUAAUGGCUGCCAAAGAUGCAUCAACAAAGUAUUGAGAAAAGGCUGUGAAUAAUUAUGUACAUGUGACUUUUUUUUUUAUAAAAAUUUGCAAGCAUUUUUUAAAUAAAGAAUUUCACAUUGUCAUUAUGGGGUAUUGUGUUCAGAAUUUUGAGAACAAAAAUGGAUUUAUUCCGUUUUGGAAUAACAAAAUGUGGAAAAAGUGAAGCAUUGUAUUUUGCCAGUAAGAUCAGGCGCGCUGCCAGGAAUUCUGGGCUUCAUGAGAAAAAAAUCGCCUUGAGCCCCUUAUCAACUGAAUUUUUGUCAAUUGUUUAUUUUUUUGGAAUUGUCGUAACUUUCCCCCCACUAUACGGCGCCCCUGAAUGAGGUUACUCUGCAUCUAGUUAAACACAAUGUAAGUAUGGAGUACUAGGUUGUAUCAUUCACAAUCGUUUUUUCUCUGAUUUUUAAAAGAAGGAACAUUAUUAAAAAUAUCUCCUGCAAAAAUGUAAUCCAACCUUUUAAUCAUUAUUGGGAGCCUAUUCCAUGUCAUGACAGAUCAAUACCUAACCUGAAAGUUAAUCACCAGUUUAAAUUUGUGUUAGAGUUCGUCCAUCCUCGAUCCUUCUAAUCUUUAACACAAAUAUGAAGAACAACAUGCUUCAUAACGAUGUGGCGUAUUGUCAUCAAUUAACACAACAAUUUUAACCCUCGUAGUUUAUUGUGGACAUCUUCAUCCAUACAGGUAAAUUUUUGCAUGAUUUUUGCCAUAACUUUGGUUGUGUUACUCCGAAUGGAAAUAUUUUUUCCUAAGAGGAUUUUAUUCUCCGGGUUGCGGAGGAGACCCUGCCCCAAGUGGAGGACUUCAAGUACCUCGGAGUCUUGUUCACGAGUGAGGGAAGAGUGGAUCGUGAGAUCGACAGGCGGAUCGGUGCGGCGUCUUCAGUAAUGCGGACUCUGUAUCGUUUCGUUGUGGUGAAGAAGAAGCUGAGCCGGAAGGCAAAGCUCUCAAUUUACCGGUCAAUCUACGUUCCCAUCCUCACCUAUGGUCAUGAGCUUUGGGUUAUGACCGAAAGGACAAGAUCACGGGUACAAGCGGCCGAAAUUAGUUUCCUCCACCGGGUGGCGGGGCUCUCCCUUAGAGAUAGGGUGAGAAGCUCUGCCAUCCGGGGGGAGCUCAAAGUAAAGCCGCUGCUCCUCCACAUGGAAAGGAGCCAGAUGAGGUGGUUCGGGCAUCUGGUCAGGAUGCCACCCGAACGCCUCCCUAGGGAGGUGUUUAGGGCACGUCCGACCGGUAGGAGGCCACGGGGAAGACCCAGGACACAUUGGAAAGACUAUGUCUCCCGGCUGGCCUGGGAACGCGUCGGGAUCCCACGGGAAGAGCUGGACGAAGUGGCUGAGGAGAGGGAAGUCUGGGCUUCCCUGCUUAGGCUGCUGCCCCCGCGACCCAACCUCGGAUCAGCGGAAAAAGAUGGAUGGAGGAUUUUAUUCAUGUUCAAUUUUAGAUUUAGACUUAAACUAAUGAUUCACAAGGGCAAUACCUUUUUCACAAUAGCUCAGUUACAAGAAAAACGAAUAAAAAGAACACUUAAAAGCACUAGAACAUAGGUUCUCAAACUUUUUUCACCACGUACCACCUCAGAAAACACUUGGUUCUCCAAGUACCACCAAUAUAUAUAUAUA